ACCACCUCAGCAGCAGCAACCGCAGCCGCAGCUGAUUGGCUCUCCGGUGAUGCUGACUUCGCAGUCCAGCAUGCCACUGCCAACCACCUCCUCGAAGCCCUCGCCACCAAUGGGCAACGACUGGAUGCGUAUCAACUCUGGGCCUCCGCCAACCUCCCUCGCCUGCACGCCCCCCGGGAAGCCGGCGCCACCUCCCCCACCCAACUCCUACCUGCAAAAUCCCAACCCCUCUCCAAAUCCCUACGCCAAUGCCGCUCCACCGGUUAGCUAUAUGUCGGCAAACGGUACGCCCCUUGCUCCCAACACCUCCUCGGAUGCCUGUCCACCGUCUGUGCAACCAAACAAUGCUCACAACACUGCCACCACCAACGUCCGAGUACCAGUGUCUACAUCUAGUACUGAGGAGCGUCUGGUUUGCCCAAUCACCAACGGUAACCUCUGGGGUCCCUUUGUCCUGGAAAUGGAUGAGGAGCAGUCGCGUCGCUCGCCCAAUGGCCUGCAGGUGCGCAGCUUCGAGUUUGACAUCAAUGCGGACUACCUGGACACCAUUGUUAAACGGCUGGAUCUGGACAUUGUGGUGUGCAGCCAUCUGAGUAGC